AUGUUGAAAGUGGCAUUUGUCUCUAAAUCGGCCUUCGGUAUUGAAGGCACCAUGAAUCAUGCGACCUUCCCUGUUGCUCCAUGGGAGAGAGAGCUGUCUGAGCUGGCUCAUCAACGGCAAUAUCAACAUAACCCAGGCAUCGGUGUGGCCUUUACCAAGGCCGGUUGUGAAUUGUCCCAGGUUAUUUUCAUUCUGUGA